UUUAUGUGAAAAAGAAAAAAAGAACCAAGACAGCUAUAUGUGCUUCAGAAUCUGAGGUCUUUCCAUUGAAAAUGGCAAUCACAGCCACCCCAAUUCUUUACAAUUGUUCUUCCACCAAUUUUACAAUUACCGGAAUACUAUUUUUUUCUGGAACCAAGUUACUUGACCCGGACUAGAGAGGGUAAAUUUGAAAGUUUGAAUUUGAAUCGUCUGAUACGAUUUAACGCCAAUUGAUUGACUGCUACAGCAGUAAAAGGAUAAAACUACGUCCAUUGACAAGUCACAAGCAUAAUUUAUGGAUAAUAAUAAUAAUCAACUUCAAAAUGUGAUUCGUCCAUUUCUAAAGCAGUGGGAAAUUAACGGUCGACUCGCAAGGAGUGUCUUUUAAAUGUAGACUUUGCCACCAUUUUCCUUCCUUCUUCCACUCAAAACUGAAAACAAAAAUCAGAGACAGAGAGAGACAGAAAUAUUUCUGCUUGGUUAUGGGGAAAAUGGUGAUGGCCAAGUCCAAGCUGUCCUACGAGGAGUCUCGUAGGCAGAGAUUGGAGGAAAACAAGAAGAGAAUGGAAGCACUGAAUCUGCCUCAGCUUGCUCAGGCUCUUAAAACCACAUCUUCUCCCAAACCCUCCCCUAUGAAGCGGACGAAGCCUCGUACCGUAGAGAAGCAGAUGGUUGUGGUGAGGAGGUCCUCUCGCGUCGCAAACCUGCCUACCCCUGUUUACAAAGAAGUUGUUGUUGAUCGAGUGAUGAUACCCAGAAAGUCCUACUCUAGUAGGCACAGGGAUUUGUCGAACCGGGUAUAUGCUUCGGAUGAAGCCAGAGCUGAAGCCAUGGAGAGAGCUGAGAAUUUAGAGUCUGGUCUGGGAUCUGAUCACCCGAUCUUUGUAAAAACAAUGCUCCCAUCUCAUGUUUCUGGUGGAUUCUGGCUGGGUCUUCAAGUCCAGUUCUGCAAGGAGCACCUCCCAAAGGGUGAUGAAGUUAUGACAUUGAUAGAUGAAGAUGGCAACGAGUACCCGACUAUAUACUUGGCCCGGAAGACAGGACUCAGUGGUGGAUGGAAGGGAUUUGCAGUUGCUCAUGAUUUGGUUGAUGGGGAUGCAUUGGUUUUUCAGUUGAUUCGCCGUACAGUAUUCAAGGUGUACAUUUUAAGGGUGGGAAGGCCUGAAGAUGGCAACAAGCUUUAACUAUUGUGAAGUUGGGUCAAUGUUGGCGAUUGUUUUGUGAUCAUUCUUGUAGACGCAUUGACCACUAAUUACAUUUUCUUCGAAUUGUAAAUGCAUAUUUCUUAUGUACUCUCUUGACCCUUGGCUUGUGGAUUCACAAAUGAUCAUGCAUAUCUGAAGAAAGGCUUGUAAUUUCUCAUACUGUAAGCUAGGCUUCAGCUUCAGUGUUCAUUAUAUGCAAACCAUGAAACGAGGCAGUCAAAUUCUGUAUGCAUUUCACCACUUUUACAAGUUACUGGACCAAUAGACCAUGUUCAAAGUCACAAAGUGAAAUGUUGGCCCAAAUUGUGCAGCCCAGCCCAAAUCUUUCAUCAUGUUUAUGAAAUAAAAUAUUUAUUAUCAUCGGUAAAAUCGAAAAUUUUUCCUUCCAUUUUUUUUCUCCCUCCACAUUAACUCUCCUUAAACCCCUUUUGAAUUAAACACAGAACCCCAGGGCAAAAGCUUCGGCUAAGUGGCAGAUACAGAGAGACACAGAGAAUUCUCUGCUUGGUUCUUGGGAAAAUGGUGAUGGCCAAGCCUAAGUGGUUAUACGAGGAGUCUCGGCAGCAGAGCCUGGAGGAAAAUAGGAAGAAAAUGGCAGCACUCAAUCUGCCUCAGCUUGCCCAGCUGGCUCAUCCAGCCCCUGUGGAGCUCGCGAGGCCUCGUACGUUCGAGAAGCAUCUUGUUCAGGUCCGGAGAUCCACUCGCGUCUCGAAUCAUUCUUCCCCGGUUUACAAAGAGGUUUUUGUUGAACGAGUAAGAAUGCCCAGAAGGUCUUACCGCUCUAGUUGGCAGAAGGGUUUGUGGAACCGAACAAACGCUUCUGCUCAGAUGAAGCCAGAGCUGCCGCAUUGCAUGAAGCCCAGGAAUUAGUGUCGGGUUUGGGAUCCGAUAACCCGACCAUUGUGAAAACGAUAGUCCCAUCUUAUAUCAGUGGUGGAUUCUUUCUGUGUCUUAAAAGACAGUUCUGCAUGGAGAACCUCUCAAAGGGUGAUGAAGUUAUGACAUUGGUAGAUGUAGAUGGCAACGAGUACCUGACUCGAUACUUGGCCCAAAGAUUUGGACUCUCUGCUGGAUGGAAAGAAUUUGCAUUUGCUCAUGAUUUGGUGGAAGGGGAUGCAUUGGUUUUUCAAUUGAUCCGGCCUACUGCAUUUAAGGUGUACAUUGUAAGAGUAAAAAGAUCUGAAGGCAGCUCAGCUGGAUCAGCUUGGGUAAAAAGAAGUUUGGGGAUUGGGAUAAGACUUGCAUAUGUUUUGCAGUGAGCUCUAUUUGUUCCUAGAAAGGUACAUGUUUUGUCUAAUAGAAAACACUACAUUGAUGCUAAUUUCCACUGGUGUCCCUGAAGAGAUAUAUAUGACCCCAUGAUGAGCAAAUAUGAGUGGAGGGGACAGCUAGGACAACUAUAUUGCAUGUUAUGAGCAUGUGGGUUCAAAGCCUAAAACUUUAUGGUUGCAAAUGGCAAUCAGUGCAAGUAAUUGAUUUAAUUGCCAAUCACAACACCCCAAUUCACUAUGUGCAGGACUUUUCCUUUUCA